GGUACCCUUACGACAGAUUUCGCUGACGGACUGUACACAAAAUAACGUGAGUGAGUGGAGUAACAACAGUCAAAUAUCUAAUGUGGGUACCUUUUUUAACAUAGUUUUCAGUUAUGAUGUUGUUAUGUAUAUGUGCGACUAACAAAAUAUUGAAAGGUGGUGCGUGAAAUUCCUACGCGGGUUAUUCUAAGUACAGUGGACAUUAUUGUUAGUGCUAAUUUAUGUUAUUAAAGGCGGAAAAACGUGGAAAAAAAUUAGUUUUCCAUGACGGGGUCCGGCAUAAGUUGUUCAUUUUUUGAGCUGUCUAUGAAAUAAUCUUCAGUUUUAUGACAGUUUCGUGUAUUUCACAGUCAUGCUGUGAAUGCUUACAUUUUAUGUAGGGGAGAGUGGGGUAAGUUAAGCCAAAGGCUAAGUUGAGCCACCCCCUGUUGCUUGAAAACGGUAAAAGAAAUUGCUCAUGUGACCAAAUAUUUAGGAGAUGGUCAUCAAUUCAUGGAGUCUGUGAAGGUUAGAAGCACAUGGGUGAAGGGGUUAGACAUUUAUUUACAAAAAAACAUUUUUCACUCUUGAAUGUGAAUUUAGUCUGUCAUAAGUGUUAAUAGAAUUGUGUUCAGACCAAAGAAGAUCAUUAUUAAAUUUGUAAUACAUCAACUGUGGUAUCAAUGAGCUACAACAUGAGGUCAAAAACCUUGCAUAAAAGUCCACCAUUUUAGCUUAGAGGACUAAUAAAGUCAUAAUAGUAGUUCUGGGGUAAGUUGAGCUCACCUGAGAAAGUAAAGGAGUCUGAUGAGAGGAUCAGAGUUUCAGUUCAGAUUGUUGAAAUGUGUUACUUUUUCUUCUCAAAAAUACAGCUGUGAAUGUUCUGAAUCACUUAAAGACAUUCUCAUGUUAAAAUGGCUUUUUAUAAAACAGCUUUUUAGCAGAAUAAUAAAAAGAAUUAUUGUACCAGUUGAAUAGCCUAUAGCUAAUAGAUAAAAAUACACAUGAAUGUGAAGAAGUGACUAUUAUUUAGGAAGAGAGAAGGUGAGGGAGGGCUUGAGUGGAGAGUGGGGGGUAGUAAGGGUAUGGCUCAACUUACCUCGCUCCAAAGUUGACCAUAGGAGACCACUUUUUUUGGCAUGCUAUAUUAUCAAGACAGUUCUGUUUACACUCAUUCUGUUGGUUUGCAGGGAUGCACAACACCUAAAAUAUAUGCAGAUACACUAGUUAGAGACAAAACUAUAAUUGCCUUGAUGUAGUGAUCUAAAAUAUGAAAAAUGGCUCAUCUUACCCUACUCUCCUCUACUUCUGUUUUCUAUUUCUCUGAAGCACCCCAUGCUGUUUGGACAGGUUUGCAGGUUUAGUGGACGUGUCAGGUCUCUUUUUGGGGCCGGAUCCUUUGCCUGCCUUUGCACCACCUCCAGCAACAUGGCCAAGAGCAAGUUUGAGUAUGUCCGCAACUUUGAAACAGAUGACACAUGUCUACGAAACUGCUACAUUGUUGUGAGACUGGAUGGGCGCAAUUUCCACAAGUGAGUAUCCUGUUUAAGUUUCAUGAAUACCUCUGUGGAAAAAUAAAUAAUGAAAAAGAGAUUUUUUUUUAAACAACAACAAACCUGUUUGAUGUGUUCAAUGUGUUUGUGUAUUUCUCUGUUAGGUUUGCAGAGCAGCACAAAUUCACAAAGCCCAAUGAUAACAGAGCUUUGGGCCUGAUGACAAGGAGUGCUCGCUCUGUCAUGGAAGAACUGGAGGAUAUAGUCAUUGCUUAUGGUCAAAGUGAUGAGUUCAGUUUUGUUUUCAAGAGGACCUCCACCUGGUUCAAGAGGAGAGCCAGGUAUUCAACAUGAAAUCAUUGUUAUCCUCCUGAUUUUCAUGUGUUGUUGAAUUUUGUCCAACCUCAUCUUUUUCUCUACUGGCAGUAAGCUCAUGACGCAUGUGGCCUCCCAGUUUUCUUCCUCAUAUGUGUUUUACUGGAAGGAGUUUUUCGGAGAACAGCCUCUCUUGUACCCCCCAGGCUUUGAUGGGCGUGUAGUCUUGUAUCCUAGCAACCGUAACCUCAAAGACUACCUCAGCUGGAGGCAAGCUGAUUGUGAGUACUUACUUUCCUCUCACUGACUAGAAAAUCACUCAUUUUACACACAAGAGAAUUUGUUCUUUCAACUGACCAGAGCAGUAGAUGUUGUACUUGGCUUUACGGCUGUUUUGUGUUUCAGGUCACAUUAAUAACUUGUACAACACAGUGUUUUGGACGUUAGUACAAAAGGGAGGACUCACUACAGCCCAGGCAGAAGAUCGAUUAAAGGUGAGACUGAAACACCAGCUAAAGUUAACACACAUGUGCAAGUACUCAAACCUACAAUCAAGUGUUUUUGAACAGUCCAGUAAAUUAUGAAACAGCUGAAUCACUGAUACAAGCCAACUAGACAUUUAGAAAGAAGACAGAUUUUUUUCUGUUUUACAUGUCAAAAAAUGAUUGAGAUAGAGAGAAAAACAGCCUUUAUUAUAUUAUAUUAUAUUAUAUUAUAUUAUAUUAUAGAGAUGAUAGCUGAUAGAGAUGAGUAGUGGAGGAGUGGAGGUGAUUUAAUAUGUAGUUAGUGAUCACAGACUUGCUUCUGUUUCAGCCAUUUCUUGAUAUGUGUGUUAAAAACCUUCAGUUUAGUAAAUGUAUGAGUUUCAGAUGGUAAUGCACUCCAGAAUUUUAAACUUCUCACCAAGAUAAGAUGACUGACACUGUCUGAAUGUUGACCUUCUAAACAAAAUCUCUCAAUAUGCCAGCAUAUCCAGAGUCAUAUCACAACAAUUUCUAACCUAAUGUAUUGUAUCUUAAAGCAGCAUUGAGAAACAGUGAUGAUAGCAGCAGCCUGUGCUAUCAAAUUAGGUCAGUUUCACAACCAGUCAAUAACUCCUCACACCAUGUUUAAUUGUUGAACUGUUGAUUUAACUGGGCUAGAGGUGGAUCUCCUCUAAAGAUAGAAGACAUUAGGGAAAAUUUUGAUUUAAAAAAACUAAAUGUAAUGUGAGACCUCAGGAUGAGACAAGGGUUUAGUUAUCUUUUUUGAGAAAAACAAGAAGUCUAGUCUAUAAGGAGUCUAAUAAAAACAUCCUUACUGCAGCAAUUGAUGAAAAAAAUAGAAGUUGUCAUAAUUUUACCCUCUAUGUGCCAACUUUAGAGUGUAAAAUGUAUCUGACUUCUACAAAACUGCAUGACUCAGUCUGUGAUUAUGAUUCAUUUCUUGUCCAUGUCUAAAACUUAAAACGUUCUCAGGGCAGUGUUAACAUCCUAACAGAAAUAGCAACAUAAAUGACUCACAGAAAAUCCAACUUCUUUGAAUUACUUACAAACAUUACCACGUAAAAGACAUGGCCCAGACAACACAUUCAAACAACAACCCAGUAAUAGAUUCAGUUGGUGUUUUGUGGUCGUUUAGGCUAUUUUUUGAGCUUGUGUGGAUGAAGUCAAGUCAUCACAUCAUUCACACCCCCAGACAUCUGUUAAACCGACCACAACGCUGACUGACUUUUUUUUGUUUAUUAUUAUUAUGGUUGCUCUCUGACUUUAAGGAGGACUCUUAUCAGCUUAGGAUUUGCAUACGCUGCAUGUAAAAAUGUUGUGUCUUCCUCCAGGGAACAUUAGCUGCAGACAAAAACGAGAUCCUGUUUGCUGAGUUUGACAUCAACUACAACAAUGAAUCCCCCCUUCACAGGAAAGGCACCACGCUUAUCUGGGAGAAGGUAAGCGAUCAUGAGGGGUUUGACACUGCACACAUACUACAGAGAAAUUCAACAGGGCAUCCCUUACUCUGAUUGAUAUCUUUGAUUUUCACUGUGUGUGUAUAGGAGUUAAAAACUACCACUGCACUCGUUCUCUCUUGAUUCUACUUAAGUUAAUGACGUUUCAUAUUUACCCUACAUGGAGUUAGCCUAAACUGCCAUGUUAGAGUGGUAUUUCCUAAAAUAUCACACUUCCUCUUAAUUAAAUUUGUAUUGAUAACGUCACUCUUUCAUCAUGUCUAGCGAGAUGAGACCGUCAUCAAGCGAAUGAAGCUACCAAAUGAAGAGGAGAAGGAGGUACCUGUGACACGCAGCAGGAGGAAGGUGCAGGCCUACCACUGUGACAUUAUAGGAGAUCAGUUCUGGGAGGAACACACUGACAUCCUGGAGGACGACAGCUGCUAACAGCUCCUGCUCCAUGGGAGUCAAAAACAAAACUGAGUCAUGACAGUGGUUGAUGUGGACCCAAACAAGCAGUGGACCAACAAUCCAACUGAUGACACUGAAUUUUUCUUUUAACAACAUGCCACCAGUGAAGCUUGUUGUCCUUAAAGCAUUUUCUUAGACUGAAUUUGUAAUCCGUCAUGACUUUCAUGUUUUUAACUUCGAUCACAGUUUCCAAACAGAAGCUUUUAUGCUAAAAUUGCAUGUUGGUGUCUGUCAUAUUCAAAGGGAAGUGGAUGGUUUCAUAAUCUUUAAGCAGAGGGUGUUGUGCACGUAUACAGCUGUUCAAUAAUGAACAAUGUCCAACUCUGUAAACCCCCCACUCACCUACUCCACUGUAUCUAGCCCUCCUGUCAUCGCUGUUCCAAAAAUACAACCUCAUUUGAGAUCAUGAAUGACAUUUAGUCUACUACUGGUAUUUGAUCUUUCAGCAGGUCUAACAUGGUCCCUUUCAGCCCGCUGUUUAUGGAUGAGAAUUUUUUUUUACCCCUUUGUGAGUGUUAACAGCCCCGUUUUCCUAAGAGCUGAAUUCUUAAUGUUCGAAAUGUAAUGAGUCAGGACACCUCUCUGCACAGUGUUCAAUAUCGCAUCCCGUUUGUAGUAAAAAAGGGUGUGUCUGAGGAAGAAAUGAGCGGAGUAAGGCAGAAACCAAUACCUUGGCAGUGUGUGUGGCCUUGUCUUGCAGCCAGGACACCAUUUAGAGAUAUGAAUGGAUCCAGCGGCCUGCACUGUCAUCAGUACUAAGAAUACCUCACACACCCCGCGUACACUCUAUCCUCCUGUCAUGUGCUCUGUGGAAUAUUUAUCAUCACUCUUAUACAUGACCGGCUCAGUAUGAAUGGCUGCUGGAGGCUUGAAGUGGUUGAGGCUUACUGUAUUUGUGUCUGUAGUAGGCUCGGUUACUGUCAGGUAUUAAAGCCUUAUUUUUGGUUCCGUGACCUCUUUACAAGUGUGUAGCUCGUGCACUGUACUUUAUGUAAGCUGCGUUCACCUCAUGUGUUUGCAUUCAGGAUCAGAUUCUUUGCAGAAGUCUGUUUUGAUGAGACCUCUGUAUUACACUCCUCUUUACAACUUAAUAUGAGACAAACCCCUCUACGAUUGAAGGCGGCUCCUUGACAUUAACUCUCUUGGAUCACUGCCAGACUCAACACAUACAGUGACUCGACAUAUGGCCUCAUAUAAAAAAAAAACAGAGCCUGUCGAGGCAAGUGCAGCUAUUUAAAGGCCGGAUGUGUUUACAUGCAAGGAUUAAACGAAACCCCAGUGGGCUAGGGUUGGAGAAUAUAGAGAAAUAGUCUACACAGCCAUCACUGUUACCAGACUGGUAACAGUGAUGAACUGGUGGCACAAUAGCCGCAUAGCAACCAGCUUUGUAAGCCGCAGCAAUUUUAAUCAUUUGUUCAAUACAAUCAGUUACAUUUUAAAGGAAAAAGACACUUUUUUUUCUUUUCACAAAUGCAAAAACAAGUAAGAUGUUUGAUUUACUCAGUUACAAAGUGGUUGUGUUCCACAAGUAUAGCGAUAGGGAUAUCCUUACAAUGCAAGAAAUCUCCCUGCAUAAGGUUAGUUUAGAAGUAGUGAAGAAAAGUAGCUCUUAGUUGGUCUAAGCCAGUUGUUACUGAUCCAAACCCCCAGGAAAUGAAAUGAUACAGAAAAUAAAGGUAUACAUUCCUGUAAAUGAAACAUUAAUUUAAGCGUUGUUAUUAUUAGCAAAAGAAAAGAGGAUUUUCUGUUUCCCACAGUUUAAUGAACAGAUUGUUAUGAAAACUACUCAGCAAGCUCACCAUCAUGCUGCCAGAGCGAUAUCAUCAGAGUUGUCUUGACUUGGACUUUGAGAAUAAAAAAUAUAAGAGAUGUGAAGUUUGUGUGUUUGGAGGUACCAUCCAGACGGUGAGGGUGCAGUAAAUGUUAUUUGCUGCCUGAUAGGAAAAGUAGGAUUGCAGCCCAUUUUUAAUAGAUGCAUCCAUACAGUGAAAAUGAAAAUAGUUGGUGGAAUGCCUCUAAAAGAAAUAAAUACAGCAAAGCUUCUGUAA